UUUUCCUUGUCAUUUAGUCCAGGAGAGUUAACAAACCGGAAAUACUGGUGGAGCUGCCUUCUACCAUUACAUGUAGUUGUAUGAUACAACAUGAAUUGACUGAGGUUUGGACUACCUAAACCUACCUGCCUACCUGCCUGCAUGAGUAUGACACAACAAGAGUUGACCGAGGUGGGAUUACCUAAACCUGGAAGCCAUCCCCAGCUAGAUAGAUAUCCAACAUGGUGGAAGAUGGCACUAAGAAAGGCGGAAGAAGUAAAGAGAUGGCGGAAGGCAGGAGAUACUGCGGGUGGUCACGUUUCCGUUGCCGUUUCCUCAUCCUGCUCCUCAUAGCAACGGUCUUCUUCUACUUCGGCGAUCGGUCAGUAGAGUGGGUCCCUUCACUAGACAGGGCCUCAAAAUGGUGGGCAGAAUUCCGUGGUGGUUCAGCUAGCAGAUCUGGUUCUACCAAGACCAGUAGCGAAGUAGUUUCUCUCAACUCCACUGAUUUGACCAUAGACGCUCAUGAAACUGCAUCUGCCAAUUCAACAGAUCAUCAGACUUCACUUAUCAACUCUACUCAACAGGCCAUCAAACUCAACCCAACACAUAAUGAAACUAGUUCCAUCACGUCUGCACUGACCAUCAUCACUAAUCUGAUCACAGAGGUCAAGGCAGAUCUGGCCACUCCUCCUCCGUAUGUGUCCCCAGGACCAUACCAUGUAGAAUACCCAUCAGAGUACAUCUUCAUCCUGGAUGAGCCAGACAAAUGCCGGGAGCAGAACCCCUUCCUGGUUCUGAUGGUGCCAGUGGCGCCCUAUAACAUGGAGGCUCGUGAGGCCGUCCGCAGUACUUGGGGCAGUGAGAGGCAAGUACUGGGCAAAGAGGUCCGUCUGUUCUUCCUGCUGGGACUGCCCAGUGGAGAGGAGACAGAGCAGCUCCAGGAGAAUGUGCUGCAGGAGAGCAAAGAGCACCAGGAUCUGCUGCAGAGUGACUUCAUAGACAGCUACAAAAACCUGACCAUCAAGACCAUGGUGAUGAUGGAGUGGCUGAGCUCUCGCUGCCCCUACGCCUCCUACGCCAUGAAGAUCGACUCAGACAUGUUCCUCAACGUGAACACCUUGGUCAACAUGCUGCUUCACGCUCCAAAGCAGAACUACAUGACUGGACUAGUGGCCCGAUGGGCCGCCGUUCUAAGAGACCCUAACUCCAAAUGGUACCUUCCAAUGGAGGUGUUUCCUGAACCGGUAUAUCCACCUUAUGCUCUGGGCCUGGGCUAUGUCUUCACCUUAGACCUCCCCAGGAAGCUGGUGGAGGCGUCCAGGCAUGUUAAAGCCGUCUACAUAGAGGAUGUGUAUCUGGGACUGUGUAUGAGACACCUGGGCAUCCGGCCUACUGACCCCCCCAGUGGAAACCUCUUCCAGGUUUCCCCUGUGGCUUAUGACCGCUGCACCUACUCACGACUGAUAGCCACCACCACAUACAGUAUCACUCACCAGGUCAACGCAUGGAAAGACCUACACAAACCUGGUCCUCCAUGCUGAUCCCAUACACUAACAUACUGACUGAUGUACCCCCUUGUUUUUUGUUCUUGCCAACGAUGUAAAUCUGGUGAAUUUGUAAUGGAUUUCCACUUUGAUUAAAACGUUUAAUGAUCAUGAUGAUGUUACUGAAUUUGGAUUAGACACACUUCCAGUCUUAUAUCCUUUGUGGUGCUGGGAGUUACUGCCCCCUUCAAAAAAUCUACAUUGAAGAACAAGUUAUUGUACUGAAAUGUGCAGAGGUACAAUUGUGUGUGUGUGUGUGUGUGUGUGUGUGUGUUAUUUUUGUACUUUAUUUGAAUAAAAAAAAUUAUUUCACGG